AUGGAAAAUAUAGAGAACGUUAAACAAUUCAUAAAGUCCUUAGACAUAUCCAUCGACAACUUGGAAGUUUCGCUAACACCAAUCCUCAAGAAAUCCCUAGAUGAAUUAACUAUACCCGCCACAACCCCUCAAGAAAGGAUUAAGAUUUACAAUAAUUUCGUAUAUGUAUUAGUAUCGUCAAUAUAUUCAUAUCUCAAAGCACUCGGUGUAAACACCGAUACGCAUCCAAUCAAGAAAGAACUAGCUAGAGUGAAAUCCUAUAUGGGCAGAUAUAAAGCUUUGGAAUCAGGCAGCCUCAAUUCCGAGAAACAAAAGGCAGCCGACGAAGCAAAAGCUAGAGAAUUCUUAUCGAAAACAUUAGGAAUUAAGAGUGCUGAUACUUAUGGUGAUAAUGCUACUCCUGGUGUAAGUUUCCAAGGAACACAUACAAAAUUUAAAGAUAGUGAAUCAAGUGAAGAUGAUUCACACUUUCGUUCAAAGGAACCAAGUCUACCUCCAAAACCUAAUAUGAAAGCUACUUUACCACCAAAACCUUCUAGACAAGGUAAAUUACCAUCAAAACCUAGUAAGAAAGGUAAAUUGCCUGCAAAACCUUCUAAAGGAAAGUCAGGUAAGAUAUCGAAACCAUCAAAGAAGUCUAAAUAG